GAGGUCGAGUUCCCCUGGUUUCAUAUGCUGUUAUUAGUGAGGUCGAGUUCCCCUGGUUUCAUAUGCUGUUAUUAGUGAGGUCGAGUUCCCCUGGUUUCAUAUGCUGUUAUUAGUGAGGUCGAGUUCCCCUGGUUUCAUAUGGUGUUAUUAGUGAGGUCGAGUUCCCCUGGUUUCAUAUGCUGUUAUUAGUGAGGUCGAGUUCCCCUGUUCCCAGAUUUAUUUUUUCAAUAUCUGUUAAAUCGUGAAUUUCUGCAGAAUGGGUGGAUGGCUGUUUUUUGUUACCCUGUUAAGUAGUUUUUAUUUCAUGCAAAUCUAUACAUUUAUAGUGCACAGAAAAUGUAGGCUAUGUUGUACAAAUAGCUAUUUGAAUAUAUAUAUAUAUAUAUUUUAUCACCCUCAAGGUAGUGGAGAUGUUAAAUUUCUGCAGGCAGGGGGCGCUACAGUUCAUUCUAACGUGGGAUUCGGGAGUCCUAUAAAUUAAAUAUUGUAGUCCUUGUAAUAAACGGUGUAUUAUGCAAAGCUUUAUAUUUAUACACAUUAACACACAGUUUAAUACCGAUUGAAUAAGUAAAUACAAUCAUUUGAGGGUUAAAAUGCAGUAGCCCACUCUGAAAUCUAAUAUCCUGGAUUGUAUUAUAAGGAGCUAUUAUUACAGCAACCUUUAAUAGUUGAUGUAGACCCAGCUACCUCAUGCAAACUUAUGCAAAUAAUUACGAGUAAAAUAUUAAAGCGUCAACAGGGGGACAGUCUCUAAAAGCAGUUAUAGUUUUACAUCUUUGUGAUGUCAUUCUCUGUUGGAGCAUUUCGCGGCAGCAGCAGGCGACACAGGUUGGGGGAAUAACGAGAGAGGGGGGCAGUUGACAGUUUACCAGGCGUAAAAGACAGGGAAACGAAGCCGAUAGACUAGCUACAACUUAUAGGAAGAAAGCAGCUAUCCGUCAACCUCUCCAAAACGCAGUCAUGUUAUCUUUAUCCAUUAGGAUAUGUUUUUAUUCUGAAUAGGCUAUUAUUCUCCAAUCACACCGUUCUCUUCUCCCAAAACAUCACAGGAUAGGAUAGAGUGGAUGUUAAUUGUAAUAAUAGCCAUGAAUUCGGCGGAACAGACGGUAACGUGGCUGAUAACGUUGGGGGUCUUGGAUUCACCGAAAAAGACAAUUUCUGACCCUGAAGGAUUCCUGCAGUCUUCUCUCAAAGAUGGGGUUGUCCUGUGCAAGCUGGUGGAGCGAUUGCGCCCUGGUUCUGUUAAGAAAAUCUUCCAAGAACCAAGGAAUGAUAGUGAGUUCCAGAGCAAUAUAAAGGAGUUUCUGAAAGGCUGCGGGUCCUUCCGAGUGGAGCCAUUUGAGGUCAAUGACCUCCUCCAGGGACUGAACUUCACCAAGGUGCUCAACUCUCUGGUGGCACUGGCCAAAGCCACCGAGGACAUAGGAGUGGGCAGUGACUCUGUGUGUGCGCAUCACUCGUCCUCAUUACGGAUCAAGUCGUUUGACUCUCUGAACACUCAGUCUCCCCGCGGACGCUCCUCCAAGCUCGUCCACAACCAGUACCGCAGCCUGGACAUGUCGGAGAGCGGUGGGCAGCGGGUACUGGUGAGGGCCAAGUUCACCUUCCAGCAGACCAAUGAAGACGAGCUGUCCUUCAACAAGGGUGACAUGAUCAGUGUGUCGCGCCAGGAAGACGGCGGCUGGUGGGAGGGCUCGUUCAACGGCAACAAGGGCUGGUUCCCUAGCAACUAUGUCAAGGAGGUCAAAGGCAGCGACAACCCAGUGUCUCCUAAGUCUGGCACCCUCAAAAACCCUGUGAAAGGCUUUGACACACCAGCUGUCAGCAAGACCUACUAUAACCUGGUGCUCCAGAACAUUCUAGAGACCGAGACAGAGUAUUCCAAGGAGCUCCAUAGCCUACUGACCUCAUACCUGCACUCACUGCAACCCACAGACAAGUUGAGCAGUGCAGACGUCAGUCACAUCCUGGGGAAUCUGGAGGACAUCUCUACCUUCCAGCUGAUGUUAGUUCAGUCCUACGAGGAAUGUACCAGGCUUCCAGAGAGCCAGCAGAGAGUAGGGGGCUUCUUCCUCAACCUGCUGCCCGAGAUGAAGGCUCUCUACAUGGCCUACUGCUCCAACCACCCCUCGGCUGUCAACGUCCUCACAGAACACAGUGAGGAGCUGGGGGAGUUUAUGGAGGGGAAGGGAGCCAGUAGUCCAGGUAUCCUGACCCUCACCACUGGUCUCAGUAAACCCUUCAUGAGGCUGGACAAAUACCCUACACUGCUGAAGGAACUGGAGAGACACAUGGAGGAGCAUCAUGCUGAUCGACCAGACAUCCAGAAGUGUUUGACCUCCUUCAAAGGCCUCUCUGCUCAGUGUCAGGAGGUGAGGAAACGUAAGGAGCUGGAGCUGCAGAUUCUAACUGAGACGAUCAGACGCUGGGAGGGAGAUGACAUCAGAACCCUGGGCCCUGUCCUGUACAUGUCACACACACUCUGCCACACACACGGAUCAGAGGAGAAGCGUGAACGCUACCUCCUGCUCUUCCCAAAUGUUCUCCUACUGCUGUCUGCCAGCUCCAGAAUGAGUGGAUUCAUCUACCAGGGUAAGCUGCCAUUGCCAGGAAUGCUUAUCUCAAGGAUAGAAGAUUGUGAGAUGGUCAAAAACGCUUUUGAAAUAUCAGGCAGUACGUGUGAGCGGAUGCAGGUGGUGUGUAACAACCAGCAGGAUUUGCAGGAGUGGGUGGAGCAUCUGUCGAGACACACUCAGAUCAGAAACGCCCCCUCCAUGAUCAUGACCACACCCACCGCCAAGCCCCAGUCUGUCCCCUGCCACACGCUCCCGUCCCAUCCCCUGACCCCCACCAGACACUCAGAGAGUAGGGGUGUAUCUGGGGGCCCUGCCUACCACACCCUACCUCACCCCUCCUCCCACGGGGCCCCUCAAACCCCCCCCAUGUGGGGUCCCCUGGAGCCCCCCAGCACCCCCAAACCCUGGAGCCUCAGCUGCCUCCGCCCCGCGCCCCCACUCAAGCCCUCGGCAGCACUCUGCUAUAAAGAGGAUCUGAGUAAAAGUCCUAAGAGUAUGAAGAAGCUGCUGCCUAAACGUAAGCCUGAGAGGAAACCUUCAGAUGAGGACUUUGCUACCAGGAAGAGUACUGCAGCUCUGGAGGAGGAUGCCCAGAUCCUGAAAGUGAUCGAGGCCUACUGCACCAGCGCCAAAACACGACAGACACUCAACUCAACAUGGCAGGGUACUGAUUUGAUGCAUAACCACGUGCUGGCCGAGCCAGUUGACCGGUCCAGUGUGGACACUAUAGCUUGCCGUAGCAGCCUGUCCAGAGGGACCGAGCCCUGGUCUGACCUAUCAGAGGACUCGGAUUAUGACAGUAUUUGGACCGCCAGUAGUUACAGGACCUCCUCCAUUUCUCGAUCCAGAGAGAAGUCAGGUGUGCACAUGCUCUUCCCUGAGGAGGAGAAGAUCAUCGUGGAGGAGACCAAGAGCAACGGACAGACUGUCAUCGAGGAGAAGACUCUAGUAGACACGGUGUAUGGGCUGAAGGAUGAAGUGCAGGAGCUGAAACAGGACAACAAGAAGAUGAGGAGGACCCUGGAUGAAGAGCAGAAAGCCAGGAAGGAGCUGGAGAAGAUCCUGAGGAGAGUCCUGAAGAACAUGAACGACCCCACCUGGGACGAGACCAACCUGUGAAUACUCAGGUGACAUCGCAUCAACAUGGUUGAGUUCGGGUUCCACCGUGACUGGACCAAAAUUGUUAACCACAAAGCCAUCUGACGUAACACUGUGGAACACUGAUCUGUCACUGUUGUAAGAGACUAGGUGUGGUCCAAAGUCAAAACAGCCAAAUAGCGUCCCUGAAUAACUCUGGAAGACUAUUGGCUGUGACAUGGACCUCCGACCUCUGUGUUGAUCUGGGAUUGGAAAGAGGCUGGAACAAUCACACCAGUGGAGAUGCAUCUGACGUCACUGACUCUUCUCUCCCAAUUUGUAAGUCGCUCUGGAUAAGAGCGUCUGCUAAAUGACUUAAAUGUAAAAUGUUAAAUGACUGUCUCCUUCCGGGUGCUUCUCAAAGGGUGAUUCCUCUCUACCUCUCCCCUUCUGCACUGAUCUGAAAGCAGGUGAAAACAACAUGGGAAUUUUCUGUCACUUGUACAGUACUUUAACAUUCGUGAUGAGGAAAGGAAGUAAGUUCAGACUAUUGAGAUCCAUCCCUGCAUGUAGAGGAAUAGUCUCAGGGAAUAAUUUCUAGAGACAGUGGCUGCAUCUCAAUAGUGGUUUGCUCUUCUCAUCUUUGCUGAUCUGCACUGGUAUGUGCAGUAGGUCCCUAGUGCCUACAACGGGAUUUCCUUCCACCUGUCCAGAUUUAUGCAGAUGAAAGACAGCAACGGUAGACUAUUGAGAUGCAACCCAGACAAUUAUGACAGAUGUUGAUUUUGUCACUGCCUGCAUUACCCUGCUGCCAAGCUCCUCAACACCCCCACCCUCUUACCCCACUCUGGAGCAUCUCCCUGCCCAUUCCUCUGAGCCUUGUAGGAACCUAUGGCCAACACACAGAACAGCAUAACCUCUAGCUCAUUCUGCAUGUUUCCAUGGAAACCUUAGCAAUCCGAUACUGGAACGUUUUCAGGUGAUUUUUUUGUGGCUUUCUGAUGAUGAUGUUUUGAAGUAUUCUGGAUGACCUAUUUCUUGUUUGUUACUGUUAUUUUACCGGAUAAUGGACUUUCUAUUUUAAUGCUUUCCUGAAAACACUGUUUCUACUUCUGCUUUUCUACUUCUUUGUCACCUAUGAUUUGUACAGAAACUAACCGUAGCGUCUCAAAUUAAUAUCAUGAAAUGUGCCUUGGGGAAAUUAUUCCAUGAUAUUAGCUUACAUUUCUGGCAGGCUCUUCAGUUUAAAAUAAGUCAAAUAUUCCAAUGCAAUAUUGAUUCCAAUGAUGAACACUAAUGUAAACUACUUAUCUAACUAUUUCAGAUUCUAUAUUAUGUCUGUAAUUGAUGUAUUUAAAUGUAAUUGACUGAGGAAUGUAUUAUGCACUCCUCAAGUCUAUUGUUCAGUGAAAACCUCCCUCCUCAAGUCUAUUGUUCAGUGAAAACCUCCCCCCUCAAGUCUAUUGUUCAGUGAAAACCUCCCUCCCAUAUCCUCUAUUUAUUACCUCUUCGUCUCUCUCUCUCUUCUCAACUCGUCUCUGAAUUAAACCAGUAAACUGAAUCUCGUGUUUAUCUGAAUACUU